AUGAACAAUAUCCAGGAUAGUAUUGAUGAUUUAGAAACUGACAAUGAAACUGACAUUGAUGAUAAUAACAGUAGCGAAAUAGGACCUUCUUCAAAAGGCAAUAAAACUACCGAUUUUAGUUUAGAACUAAGUAAUGAUAAUGAAGAUAGCAACGAUGAGGAUGAUGUGUUAUUAGAUUCUGAAAAUGAAGACGACACACAUUUACAUGCUCCAUUACUACCACCUGAUCUUGAUCAAAUAGAAAAGCAAUUUAAAAUUGCUAUUUCUGACUCUUUGAAUAAAUAUUGGAUGAUUUUCGUGAAGUUGGAUUGGUAG